AUGGAAGAAAUAGUGACUGCUAACCGACAAGGUACAGUAGAAUAUCAAAAUUCUAACUGCCAAACCUUGAGACAGCAGGAACCAUCCCCGAGAGGAGACGAGCCUGCAGACAAAGGAGCGGGCAACAUCGCCACACCAGGGGGUUCCGCCCGAAUAACCGACAGACAGGUUUGGCAAACCACGUUGCAGGAAGAGUUGACUUCUAGUAUUAAUAAGAGAGGUUCCCGCUUGAGGGAACCGAGACAUAGUGACGAGUCUGACUCUGAAUUUGAUGAGGAUGUGGAGGGGGCGCUUCCCCCACCGCCCCCUCCGACAAACAAAGACUUGACAGCAGACGACCAAAGAAGCGAUCUCCAGUGGAACCCGGAGAGGCCACACCUCAAAGAGGAGGCUACAAAGCUCCACGAGGGAGAGGUGGACGCGGCCAAUAGGGGGGCCCGGAGCCAGGGGACGGAGGAAAGGCAGAGCCUCUUAUCCCCGCUAAGAAAACCCUCGGACCAUGAGGAUGCCGCACAGCUGUUGAGCUCUCUGCCGGACUCAUUGUGGUCCGAGGGUCCUGCAGAUGGGGGUCUGUGUACAUCCGUGACUCCGGUAACAUUCGAGGUAAACCCGACUGCUUUUGUUAACGUGCCGCAAUAUCCAUAUAAAGAAGAGGCCGCUGAAGGCAUAGCGAAGACCUUAGACGGACUCUGGAAAGCCGGAGUCCUUGAAAAAUCUAAUUCUCCCUUUAACACUCCUAUUUUGCCGGUAAAAAAGGCCGACGGUAUUAAUUACCGGAUGGCCCAUGAUUUAAGACGAAUAAAUGAUAUUACUAGAACUCCUUGCGUCCCGGUCCCGGACCCACACCGUUGUUUAGGUGUUUUGGGCCCGGAGAUGCAAUGGUUCUCGGUAAUUGAUUUGGCUAAUGCUUUUUUCUGCAUUCCCCUGGCAGAGGAAUGCCGGAAAUACUUCGCAUUUACAUAUAAGAAUUGUAAGUUACAAUAUACGCAGGUCCCCCAGGGCUGGAAGCUCAGCCCUGGGAUUUUUAAUCAGUGUUUGCGAGAGCAAUUAGCUGAUAUGAGUAUGCCAGAAGGCUCUCUGUUGGUUCAGUAUGUAGAUGAUUUGUUGAUUGCAGGUAACUCGGCUGAAACCUGCUUAAAAGCAACACAUACUGUGUUGUCCCGACUUGAGGACUUGGGGUUCAAGGUGUCAAAAAAGAAACUUCAAUGUUGCAGACGACAGGUGACGUUUUUGGGGCGGGUGAUCGCAGGGAAGGGCUCGACCCUGAGUAAUUUGCACCGCUCUUCCAUUUUGACUUAUCCCCGACCGACUAAUGUUAAGGAAAUGCUUUCUUUUUUGGGCCUUUGCGGCUAUUCCCGUGGCUUUAUUCCUGACUUUGCGGUUAGAACACGAGCUUUGCAGGACCUAGUUAGGGUCAAAGGCAUGCGUAACCUCCAUGCUAGCUUGGACUGGACAGACAAAACUGAGAAGUUGUUUACCGACCUUAAAAGAGAUUUGGCCGCAGCGACUCACUUAGCCCAGCCUGACUAUGACCUGCCUUUUCAUUUAGAUGUUUCAGUGACAGAAGGUACAGCAAACGGGGCUUUGUUCCAGAAGACGGGCAGUAACAGAUGGGUCCUGCUUCACGUCAGCGUCUCUUUGGACAAAAUAGAAGUAAGACAACCUAUUUGUGCGCCAUAUGCUGCAGCUGUGGCCACAUGCAUUAAUAAGAUGGCACACAUUGUUAUGGGACAUCAACUCUUUAUUCUUACUCAUCAUGGGGUGACAGCAUUCGUGGCCUCAGCAGCGUUCACAAUGCCAGUGGAGGUAGCUGUGGUCAAGUGUCCAGGACAUGCGAAAGCGGGCACUCUGGUAGCCCGGGGGAAUGGCGCAGCGGAUGCGGCGGCGAAAGAAAUAGCAGGCUAUCGAAAGGAUGCUGAAGUGACAGUUGAUGUGGUGCCCGACCUCCAGGAGGCGGCGCCAGAGGAAGACAAGCGUAAGUGGCAAGAGACAGGUGCUGAGUAUGAUGACAAGGAAAAGCUGUGGUUUGGCCCGAAAAGAGGACUUAGGAGACUGAAUUUCAGUGUUGCCCCUACAAAAAAGAGGGAAUUACAACACACUGAGAUGGGCCGAUGCCCAAAUGAUGUAGUGGUGAUGGACUUUAAUGAUAUGUUAUUCAAAGUCCAAGGAAAAAGGUACCUGUUAAUGAUUGUCGACACUUUUUCUGGAUGGCCCGAAGCCUAUCCUUGCGCGAGAGAGGACGCGUCCUCCGUUAUCAAAGCGCUGGUUAACCAUUUUAUCCCGACACAUGGGUUUCCACGAGUAAUCAGAUCUGACAAUGGUACCCAUUUUACGGCCACUUCGUUGGCCACGGUUGAAGGGAUACUCGGGCUUAAACACAAGUUUGGCUCAGUCUACCAUCCUCAGUCCCAGGCCCAUGUGGAAAGGAUGAACCGCACAGUCAAACAAAGGCUGGCUAAAAUGUGUGCACACACUGGGCUUAAUUGGCUCCAAGCCCUUCCCCUUGUUUUGUUUACCAUCAGGCAAGCUAUUAACCGCCGGACAGGGUUCACCCCUUUUGAACUCCUGACCGGCCGCUUGAUGCCUGGUCCAGAAUCAGCUUUGCUCCAGCCGGACAUGGACCCGCCAAAGGGCUAUAAGCCCUACUGGGAGCAACUGUCAUCUCUUGUGUCCUCACUUUGUGUUUCAGAUCCCUCUGUUGCAGACGUCCACGUCAGUGACCCCGCCCUUCCGUCUCACGUGUAUUUGAAAGUACUCCAAAGGAAGUGGUCUGAACCCCGCUGGACUGGUCCGUUUGAGGUGUCGGCUCAGACAUCUCACGCUGUGCGUCUCUUUGGAAAGGGGGACAAGUGGUACCACGUGUCACAAACACGCCCGGCACAGACCUCAGUUGCGGAGUAA